AUUGGUUAUUAUCGUGAGCCAGCUUCACACAAAUCACGUUGAUUGAAUAUUGGGAUUGGCUAUGCUACUUUCGCCUCUAUGUUAUUUUGUAUAGUUUUGUUCACACUGGGCGCCAUUUUGAAGUGUUUGAUUUCAAAUUGUUUCCGUUAAGUGGGUAGUAGGUAGUUGAUUCAACGUUUUGUUAACGCGACGUUUAUAUAGUGUAAAAUGUUGAAUUUCCGAGAUAAGUAUAAAAGCAAACGCUUCGGGUUUGCAAACGUGGACGUGUCUCGAGCUAUUCGUGCUGAUAAAGAUGAAAAUCGGCGUAAAACUGAAAGAACUAAAGUUUUUAACAAAAACAGAAAUAUACCAAACACUACAAUGAAUGUAUCAGUGAAAGAAGAAACAGCAGUACCUCCGGCAGUUGAAAGUCGCUCGGUAAGACUACGGAAAUGGAUACAAGAACGUGAUAGAAAGAGAAAACUGGAGCAAGCCAAAAAGAAACGUCCUUUCGUAGUUGGAAUCGUACAUCAUAAAGUAUACUCUCCAAUUACAAAAGAUGAACAACUUAUUUCAACCACUAAUAGUAAGAAGGUAUAUAAAUCGAAUAUACCAAUGAUGCCCCUGGUUCAAAAGAAGAAAAUUACAAAAGUUACAGAAAAAAGAUUAAUGCAUAGAGCACAGUUACACAGAAUAAUCAAAAAUUCAGUAACAAAUUCUAAAUCUGUGAAAAAUGAACAACCUGAGAUUCCAAAGGAACAGGAACAGUCGUUUGCUUCUGCAAAUUAUAAAUUUAAGCCACCAGAAGGGUUGCGUAAAAUUCCUUUAUUUGGUCGGGUCACAAAUAGUAUAAAUGGUGUAUUAAACGAAUCAUUAUUCUUCCCAAAAGCCUCCAUAGCCAAUCAAAGAAGUGGAAAUACAAACUUUUCUGUAGAACCAAUAAGUAACACAACAUUAAAUACAUCUUAUACUAUUGAGAAAAAGCAAGAUGAUACCACAGAAGAAGAAGCUACCGAACCAUUUGUAUUGAAAUUAUCUUCUGAUGAUGAGGAAGUGUUUAAUACAGUUAAUAGAUAUAAUACUAGAAGUAAAAAGAAUAGCUACAAUAAUGGCAAUAAUGUUAGUGAGAAAAAUGAAAAAUUGAAUGAUCUCAAAAGAGGUGAAAACCUAAGUGAUUCUAAGAAAAAAGAAAAACAUGAGGAUUCCAAGAAAAAUGAAAAACUGGAUGAUUCCAAGAAAAAUGAAAAACUGAACAAGAAAAAUGAAAAAAUGAAUGAUUCCAAGAAAAAUGAAAAACUGAACGAUUCUAAGAAAAAUGAAAAAGUUAAUGACUCCAAGAGAAAUAACAAGGGGAGUGAAGAACUUCAUGACACUAAGAAUGAAAAACUGAAUGACUCUAAGAAAAAUAAAAAAAUGAAUAACAGAUUAUGCGACGGUAAUAGUGACAAUGAAAGUAAUGAAAAAUAUGAAGAUGAUGUUGCAAGGGGUAAUAAAGUAAUAAAUAAUAGUAUUAAAGAUACUUAUGAUACAAUAAACAAUAGUUCUAAGGAAACACAUCUUUCUUCUAACAAUGGUACACCUAAGUCAGCACAAGAUUCUUCUAAUGAACCAAUUUUUCUGUCACCAUAUGUAGUGUCCAGUCGUGGAAAGUCCAAUGCUAGAAAAGAGCAGCAAAUGAAGCGUGGUUUUAGUCUUCAUCAUACACCAAGUGACUAUAUUCCUACUAAAGAGUCUGUUAUGGAAAAUCUGAAUAUUUCAAUUGAAGGAGAAGAACGUACAGCACAAUACUUUGAGUUUCUCUUAAACAGAGAAAUAGAUAGGCAAAACGAAUUAUGUGAUAAAUGGACAAAGAUAAAAGACGAGCCAGGGAUUACAGAAGAUGCUAAAUCUCAAAUUAAUCAAGCUAUUGGUCAAACGAACUUGUUAAUGAAUAAAAAGUUUGCAAGAUUUCGUAAUUUAGUUACUGACUGUGCCACUGGAAAAGGAGAAAUGUUAGUCACAUCCAACGAUCUGCAAGGUUUCUGGGACUUGAUGCAUAUAGAAGUAGAGAAUUGUAAUUUGCGAUUUGAAAAGUUAGAACAACUGCGUUUGCGAGGAUGGGAAGAGGAACAAGUAAUUGCUGCUGAUAAAUCUCGCACAAAAAAGAAAGUAGCUGUGAGAACAAAAACAGUACAAAGAUCAAAUACAAGAUCAAAUGGCAUUAAAGAAUUUUUAGCAAAAAGAAAGCAGAAUAUAGUUGAAGAAACGCAAAAUAAUAAUGAUAUAGGGAAUCUGGGAAUCUUAAAUAAUAAAAGAUUAAGUAAUAAAUAUAAAAGCAAUGAAAAUAGUCCAAAUUUAAAACACAAAUCGGGAACACCUGAUAAAACUAAAUUAAGUUUGUUGCGAAAAGUGCAAUUGUCUGAAACAAGGAAGCGUAGCAGUCCUUUAACUGUUAUGAAAAUAAGUCAAAUGUGUAAAACACCUGAAAUUCAGUUAGAUGAUUCCAUAUCUUACAUUAAUUCUCAUCAGACACGAGCAAAGAGUAUAUUAAAACAAUCAAAAUAUUCAAAUCAGGUAGAUAUUAUGAAGCCAGCACACAAGGUUAAUUUUGAUGAAAAGGCAAUUUUAAACAAAGAAGUAGUAGAUAAUGAUACACAAACAAGGAGGGAUUUAGCUGCUGCACUUGCUAGAAUAGAUAAUCUUGACUUUUAUUAUGUUAAUGAUGAAACACCAAUUCAUGCAGAAAGGAAGCUAGCUUUUGAUGAUGACAGCUUUGAAGAGGGUCUAAAUUUGUAUGACUCUAACAGACAUUCAGAAUUGGAGAAGUCUAAAAAUAAAAAUAUGGAAACAAAAGCUACAACAACAUUACAGAAAUCAAUGUUGAAUUCCAGUCCAAAUACAUUAUUGCAAAGAGGAAUGUUGACAAGACAGAAUGGUCAUGAAAAUGAUGAAAUUCCAUCAUUGAGUAUUAUAGCUUCUACACCGUUUAAAGAAAUUGUAGAUAGUACAGAUUUGAACGAGUGCAAACAGAAAUUGCAAAGCACUAUCUCUACGAAUAAAGAAGAAAAAACAACUGAAUAUUCUGACAAUAUAAGAGUGUUAAGAAAUAGAAGUAUUAUUUCAGAAAAUACACCAAUACAGAAAAGAAGAUACUCUAAAAAGCUAUCUAUGAAUGUGCAUGAAUCAGGAUACAAAGAAAAUAAAACUCCUACGAAAAGUAAAAGUUCACUUAAAAUUAAUAGCAAAGAUGAUACACUCAUUAAUACAGAAGUAGAUUUAUAUGAUGCUAUUCGUGGUAUGAGUUUAAACGAAAUAAGUGGGACACGAAAAUCUAGCCGAAGAAGCGUCAAAUUUUCUGAAAGAGACUGCACUGGUUGCGUAGAAAAACCAACACUUCCUAUGACUCCUCAUGUUAGACGGAGUAGAGCACAGUCUACCGAGAAGAAAACGAGAAGUAUGAUAACUCAAGUACCAAUUGAGACAUUAGAAAAACCCCCUGAACGGGUCCGUAGAUCAAGAAGCAGGAAAGCAUAAUUGCAAAAUCAAAAUGUGAGUUUUAAUCUUCAUGUUUUGUAAAAGCAGUUUAUGUGCAAUUGCAAAUUUUCUUUGUUUCAGUAAACAUAUGUUUAUGUUCUUUAUCUCUAUUUGUAUGUUAAUGAUCACAUUUUGUCCUGUAAUUUAUGUAAAGAAAAUCCAAUUAAUUUUAUGGAUGUCAUUAUUUAAUGUUAUAACUGUGGUAACAUUUAAUUCACAUUUCAUUGGAGGCUAUAUGGCAUUUAAUGAAAUAUUACAACUAUGAAUAUUUGCUUAUACGAACGCUAGUAAUGAAUGUGUCAGAUUACCUGGCAUAUUGUAUUUCAUUGUAUCUAACUGCACUAUCUUACUCCUGUUAGUUAUUAAAAAUUUGUCAAAAAAUGUAUUGUUUAAUCUAAUUGCCGUAUAUCUCAAAUAAUAGUAAACAUUUAAACAAUUUUCAACUCAUAUUGAAAUCUAAGAGUCUGACACAAACUCGUACUAUAUCAAAGAACAAAUCGGAUUCUUUUGAUACAUGAACCGUUAAAACAAGAUAUGAUAAAGGUUUUAUUUUCGAUUAAGGAAAAGUUUAUUUUUGUUUAUAUAAUACAAUAACUGGAAAGUAUUGAAGAAAAUACAAAAACGAAAGAACUAAGGUAUUAAAUUCAAAUAAAAGUACAUUGGACAUUACAAGUAAUGGACAGCAUUACAGAUAAUGUAACACUGAAUGGAAAUUUGUGAAAUUAUUCAAUAAUAUUUAAUAUAUUUUCAUUUUUAUAACUGUUGGUGAUAAAUUUUCGAAGUGGAAGAAUUUUUACCAUGUAAAAAUUCUGGAAGAUGAAGAAGAAAUGAAAAAUUGAACGCGAGGGACGAAACGUAUUUAUAUCAAUUUCAGUAUCUGAUAUAUAUAUAUAUAAAUUAGUAUGAAAUUUUUAUUGUACAAUACAUUUCCAAUGUUUAAUAUAGAUCUUAUAAUAGAAGUAAAUAUUUUUCAAAUAUUUAGUUUUUAAAUAAACAAUUAAUGAUAAUGUAAAA